AUGGGGGAAGGUGAUACACUUAGAUUAUUUAUAUUACGCCAUGGCCAGUCUGAAUUAAACCAUGAGAACAUCUUCUGCGGCUGGAUAGAUGCGCACCUGACUAAGAAGGGCAGGGACCAAGCCCGUGUAUCAGCAAGAUUGAUUAAGGCAUACUGCGAAAAUGCAAAUAUUGCUAUUCCACAAGUGGGAUUCACGUCAAGACUUGUGCGGACACAGGAAACAAUGGAGUCCAUUGCAGAUGAAUUGAACAUGAUCCCAGACUUCCAUAUAGUGACAAAUCUUACCGAUGGAGUAGAGUUGAUUCAGAAAACCAUUGAAAAGGGAAAGCUACGCGUAUUACAAACAUGGCGGCUAAAUGAACGACACUACGGCUCCUGGCAAGGCCGUAGGAAGCCAGAUGUGUUAAAGGAAUGUGGAAAGGAUAAUUACAUGUUUGUGAGGCGAGAUUACCUUGGAAGACCACCAGAUGCCGACCUAGAUAGAGAAAUGAUAGACGAACAUGAUGAUAAAGGUAGCUUGACCGGAUACUACUUUAAAGAACCUAAUAGAAAGCAAAUGUAUAAAGCGGAAGAAGCCGCAGGAAUCCAGCUUCCCAGUAGUGAAUCUUUAUUUGAUGUUGUUCAAAGAUCGAAACCGUUCCUAGAUAAAGUAAUUAUUGAAUCUUUGAAAAGUAAUGGGGGCUGCGCUAUAGUUGUUGGCCACGGAAGUACUGUUCGGUCGAUCUUGAAGGUCAUCCAAAAUAUCUCUGACGAAGAAAUAAAGGACUUGAAUAUUCCAAAUGGUAUUCCAUUAGUAAUUGAAUUAAACCCAGCUAAUAAGAAGUUCAUUCGCCAAUUCUACUUAGAUCCUGAAUCCGCCAAGAUAUCAGCUGAGCUGGUCCGCAAUGAGGGUUUUGCUUAA